UGCAGAUCGACGGGCAGAAAUGUACGAGCUGCGAACUGAAUAAAUAAAGAAUGAAUACGCCAAAAAUCGAGCGACCGCCGGACGAAAACACAACACUAGUGAAUGAAACGGAACCGUUACGAAUGGUUCUAGAUUUAAACGACACAUUCUUUUAUCGAACGCUGAACGGAAGUAACUGUACAUUUGAAAAUGGAACGUGUAGUGAUGUGAGUUAUAACUAUUGGGCGUUGUCGUUACUAGUGUUCCCGUUAUUGACGUUAUUUGGGAAUGUGUUAGUGAUAAUAAGUGUGUCUAGGGAGCGUAGUUUGCAAACUGCUACGAACUAUUUUAUUGUGAGUCUGGCGGUCGCCGAUCUGUUGGUGGCGGUCGUCGUGAUGCCGUUUGGAGUUUAUUACUUGUUUAAUGGAGCAUGGGGGCUGCCGGCCGUGGUGUGUGACUGCUACAUCGCCAUGGACGUGACGUGCUCCACAUCUAGCAUAUUUAACUUAGUUGCCAUCUCCGUUGACAGAUACAUAGCAGUAACACAACCUAUAAAAUACGCGAAACACAAAAGCAACGGCCGAGUGUGGACCAUGAUCUGCAUAGCCUGGCUCGUCUCUGGCGGCAUCGGGAGCCCCGUAGUCCUCGGUCUCAACAACUCACCGGACAGAAGAGUAGAUCAGUGUCUCUUUAAUAAUACGGACUACGUCAUAUACUCGUCGCUCGGCAGUUUUUACCUGCCGUGUGUUAUUAUGAUGUUCCUGUAUUAUAAUAUAUUUAAGGCAAUACGCCAGCGAGCGAAGAAGCAGCGCUCAGCAAAAAGCACGUCGUCAGGCAUCGCUUCAGCUUCCAGUGGCACAGCGGCCGUAGUUAUUGAAAACUUGGCACAGACGCCAAGGCUGCAGAGCACAGAACCUCCUACAAAUACUGCUUCGGCUUCGGGCAGUAACGAGGAUGAGGAGGACGACAACUUCGACAGAACAGAGAUGGGCGUAUACGCAGAUGAGCUGGCAACGACGCGAUCUGCAAGGUUCAUGCUAGCGGCCGUUGUGGAGGAGACUGGCCUGAUCAUGGCGAACCUGGCGUCCCCCAUCCCCAUGAUGGACCCCAACACCAACAACGACUCCGGGUACGCGCCCUCCAAUAUUGACGGGGACACUAAGGACCACAGUCCCCCUGCGUCCCCCAAGGAGAAGAAAGAGAAUGGAGCGCCUAAGAAACCGGAGCUUAAGAAGAAGCUAAGUAACCUCAGCAAAAGCUCAGUAAUCUCCACGCCUCGCCGGCGCUUCAGGUCUGCAGCAUCAGCGGCCAGGUUCACCAUCUUCCGAGCUAACCGAGCUGGGAAGCUGCGGGCCAAGAGCUUCGCGAAGAAGGAGAAGAAGGCUACACAGACGCUCGCUAUAGUGCUGGGUGUCUUCCUCUUCUGCUGGGCGCCGUUCUUCACCUGCUCGGUCUUCGACGCCGUCUGCACUAAGCUCGGGCUCCCCUACGGGCCCGGCUACACCGUCUUCAUCCUCACAACAUGGCUGGGCUACAUCAACUCGUUCCUCAACCCCGUCAUCUACACCAUCUUCAAUCCGGAGUUUAGAAAGGCGUUCCGCAAGAUCCUGCACUGCGGUACCUAGCCCAUAGAUUAUCUGGUCGUGUAUGAUUAGAUCCCC